CCCCAAACACCUUCAAUUGAGACUUUUUACAAUGUUACAGGCACAGUAUCACUGUUCCAUAACAAAACAUUAACCUCAACUUGUGUUCUAAAGUAAUAAUAAAACCGAACAUUAAUAUUUUUUUUUUGAAAAAGGUCCACGAUAUUCAGAGCUUCUUCCGCGUUCCUUCCAUCCCAUUUCACCACUCUACACUCUACCCUUUCUUUCUCUCUCUCUCGAAUCAGCUACAGUAAUGAAGAAAGUCUUAACCUUGUAAACGUUACACUUUCUUCUUGUCCUUUCCUUCCGAUUCAAGGGACCAAGCGCGUGCCCAUUCACCCUCAUGAGAAUAAGAUCUCACCUGGGAACCCACACUUCACGCAAUGCAAGACCCCACUUCUGUUUCCGAAACUGAUCACCACCAUCAGCAGCACCAUCACCAUGAAACUGCGUCGUUCAAGCGCAGCAACCGUUCUAAGCGACCCGUGUUCAAGGUACUCCCCGGUCAGAUCGCGUUCCGCUUGGUAUGCCACGCGUCCAUCGUCGGUGGCUUGAUCGGUAGCUCCGGCUCCAUCGUGUCUCAGCUCCGGCGGGAAACGGGGUGUAAAAUCCACUGCGAGGACUCGGUGCCCAGCAUCGAAGACCGGGUCAUAUUGGUAAUCGGGUCGCUUUCGCCCCGAAAAGGACUCGAUUUGGGUGAUGGGGAGGUUGAGGUUUCGAACGCGCAAGAAGCUGUAGUUAGGGUUUUUGAGAGAGUUUGGGAACUUGAGGCCGAGAAAGGGUUUAACGUUAACAAAGGCGUGAACGGCGAGGUUUUGUGUAAAUUGCUUGCGCACACUUCCCAGAUUGGUGCCGUUGUAGGCAAAGGAGGGAAGAACAUAACCACUAUUAGGAACACUAGUGGCGCCAAAAUUAGGGUUUGCCCUCCUCCACAAUGUGCUUCUAAAGACGAGGAGUUAGUUCAAAUAACUGGUGGAAUUUUGGCUGCAAAGAAAGCAUUAAUUGCUGUAUCUCAUUGUCUUCAAGAUUGUCCGCCAUUAAGCAAAGUUCCAGUUUCUUUUAGCACACCAACUGUUAGCUCGUCUGAUAGGUCCUCCUCUGAUCCAAAUGCUGAACUAUUUCCUCAUCUUAAUUCAUUGUUACCGUCCAUGGAGGGUUUAUCUAUGCAUGAUGCUCCCAAACAGACAACUAACUCUAAUGAAACCUCUAGUCGCGAUUCAAAAGGUACAGAACAGCAAGUUGUGUUCAGGAUCCUUUGUUCUAAUAAUGUAGCUGGGAGUGUGAUUGGCAAAAGAGGGGCUAUAGUCAGAGCUCUGGAAAGUAAAACAGGUGCUUCCAUUAUCUUUGCAGCUCCUUUAAGUGAGUUUGCAGAGCGCAUAGUCACCAUUUCUGCUAUAGAGAACCUUGAAUCUUGUUAUUCUCCUGCACAAGAUGCUGUUACACUUGUCUUUGCUAGAAUUAUCGAAGAUCAAAUUGGAAAGGGUUUUCUCCCAGUAUCGAGUAUGGAAUCACCUGUAACUGCGAGGCUUUUAGUUGCAUUAAACACAGUAAAUUGCUUGGGUGGCGGUGAAGGUCAGUUGAUUUCAGAACUGAGAGAAUCAACUGGUGCUGAUAUACAAAUAUUGCAUGGGGAGCCAGUUCCAAAUGGUGCUUCAGAUAAUGAUGUGGUGGUGCAGAUUGAACUUAAGAGAGAGAGGGAUUUCAUGCAGAUCACUGGAGGGUACCAAUGCGUACAAAAUGCCCUAUAUAAAAUCACUUGUAGAAUCAGGGAUAAUCUUCUGCCAAAUGAGGUGGUUGCUGAGGCAAGAAAGAAAUUCAAUUGGAAAGUGAAUACGGAUCCUGUAAAGGGUAAUUCUUUUGGCCGUGGAAGAUCUGCUUUUCCUUCUGGGAGGUUUCUGCCGAAGAAUGCAGGGGUGCAUGCUGAAACAAUAUCACAAAAUGGAGAAUCAAAUACAGAUUUAAGUGAGAAUUCGGAACGUGGGAGAGGAAACAUGCUUGCUACUGUGACAAAUACUACUGUGGAGAUUGUAGUUUCUGAACACGUCUUUGGUUCUGUUUAUGGUGAAGAUGGUGGCAAUUUGGAUCGAAUCAGACAGAUUUCAGGGGCAAGUGUAACAGUAUACGAUCCUUCUGUUGGUACAAGUGGAGGGAAAGUUGUGAUAUCUGGGACACCAGAUCAAACCUUUGCAGCGCAGAGCUUGCUUCAAGCCUUCAUUCAAACUGGACAAGUGAGCUGAUGGAAAACCUGAAAGCUGCAUUUCAUCGUCAGUUAGGGCCAUAAGUGGUGUAUAUAGUUACGUCACACGACAACCUUCACAUUGUUAAUAUGGAUUCACUGUUUUCUAAUUUCCUUUAAGAUUUUUUAUGCUUACCUCCUAUAGAUUACAAACACAUAUUUUGUUCUCUCUAUCUCUCUCUCUGUUUAAAGAUUCACAUGGUAUCGUUUUGCUCCA